CUAUCACAAAAUCACAGAACGUCUUCAGUGGAUGAAGAUGAAGACGACAUUCGCUCUGCUCCUAAUCAUGGAGCUCUGCGGACUCUCCUCCGGUCUCAAACAACAUUUCUUUGUGAAAGAGAAGAUGACAUGGGAUUCUGCAAAUGACUACUGCAAAACUUAUUUUCAUGACCUUUCCACCUUCACCAAUGAGAGCGAGGAACAGCAGUUUUUGGAAGAUGCAGCUCAUCAACCUUCUCAUGCCUGGGUUGGACUCUACAAAGAAUCAGGAGUCUGGAAGUGGUCAGGAGGUGAAAAUGCGAAAUAUAUUAACUGGGAUACAAGUAAUAAACAACCUGAAAAUGAUGGUUGUGCUUUUCUACACAAAGGCCAUAAGAAACUACAAGACAUAGAUUGCAAUGAUAAAUACUCCUUCUUCUGUAUGAACAUAUCAGAGUUUGUUCUGGUGCUGCGGAAUGAGGCCUGGGAAGGAGCUCUAGAAUACUGCCGAAAACAAAACAAUGAUCUAGCAAGUCUGAGUUCACUUAGCAUGAUGGAUUCUGCUUUAGGGAAAAUCACACAGGCUGAAACAAAGUAUGUGUGGACUGGUCUGCGCUUUCUAGCAGGGGACUGGUUCUGGGUCAAUGGAAAUGUUCUUGACUACACAGCCUGGUCUAAGACAGGACAGCCCCAGUGUCCUGCUAGAGACCUUCGUUGUGGAGCCCUGGACAAACAAACAAGGGAUUGGACUCACAGAGAUUGUGAAGAGAAGCUCAACUUCUUUUGUUCUGCACAGGCAGUAAAAGACCUGUUGCACUGGGAACACCAGCUGCUGACUUUUCUGUCUUUGGCAGCUGGGCAGAUCCUGUACCUCUUCCUCUUCGAUUGA